AUGUAUUACAAAUAUGAAACGCUUCAGUUUUGGAUAAUAUGGGAUUUGCUUCUUUCAGCUUGUGCAAAGGAUGCUCUUAAUGUAGAUGCUACUCUCGAAACUGGCUGGAAGUACGAGAUCCAAAGUCCAGGUUUUCCAAACAAUUACCAGCCCAACCAAACUUGUACUUGGAAAGUAUUUUUCCCUCAAUAUUUGGAAAAUGUACACAAAAGUUAUAGGAUGAUGUUGGUGUUCGACGCCUUGGAAAUAGAGCCUUGUACGAGCUGUGGUUGUGAUUGGUUGUCUUAUUCUGAAAGGGAAAGUGAUUUAUCAACAGUCUCUUACUCUUAUAGAAAAUGCUCAUUGUACUCCAAAAAUGCCAUUGCAACUCUACAGGAAAGUCGAUCAGACAAAAUUCGCAUCUAUUCCAAUCAAAUAUCAAAUCAAAAGGAAUUUUGGCUACGAUUUCAUUCAGAUCCUUUUUCAGAAUUCAAAGGUUUCAAAGGAAAAAUAACGGUAGUGAACGAAAUGGCUAAAUCUAAUUCACUUUGUCGCAAUUCCAAAAACAUCAUCAACGAAACAAGGGGAAGCAUUUCCAGCCCCAAGUACCCAUCAAAAUACAUUACAGGUCAGUGUAUAAUGUGGCGACUCAUUGUUCCCAAUGGAUUUCGCGUCAAACUCACCUUUAAGGCUUUUGAGCUGGAGAAUGACAACUACUGCCUCAACGACUACGUCGAAAUAAGAGAUUGGCAACCCGAGGGUUGGAACGGUGAGUUACUUGGUCGGUUCUGUGGUAGUGUCAUUCCAGAAAAGCCGAUCUUUUCCUUAUCCAAUGAGAUGGCUGUAUUGUUCGUGAGUGAUUAUAACGCACAAACCGUGCACARRGGCUUCAAUGCGCACUUUGAGAUGGAUGGUGACCAUCGCUCCAAUACGUUCUCCCAUGCAGGUAACUUUUCAUUUGUAUAUAUCAAAUAA